AUGAACAGCAGUGUUGAGGAUCUGGGUGUUGGCGGCUGCAGCCCAUGGGAUGACCCUGCCCGCUUCAUCGUGGUCCCGACAGCCUACACCCUGGCGCUGGGCCUGGGGCUGCCCGCCAACGUGGCUGCCCUGGCAGUGUUUGUCCGCAGCGGCAGGCGCCUGGGUCAGGCCCUGCGUCUCUACCUGCUCAACCUGGCUCUGGCUGACGUGCUCUUCACGCUCACGCUGCCUCUGUGGCUCACCUAUUACCUCGGUCGGGCCCACUGGCCCUUUCCGGAGGCCGCCUGCCGUGCGGCUGGGGCAGCCUACUAUGUGUCCACCUACGCGGCGGUGGCCUUCGCGGUGCUCAUCAGCGUGUGCCGCUGCGGCUCGGUGCAUCAGCCGGGGCUGCGGGCGACCACCCGCCUCGGGCUGAGCCGCCCGGGCCCUGCGCGUGCUGCCUGCGCGGCCGCCUGGCUGGCCUGCCUGGCCUGCGCGGUGCCCUCGCUGGCCGCGCCGCACGCCUUGCGCCCUGGCCCGGGCGGCGCCGCUCGCUGCCUGGAGCACGGCUGGGCGCGCGCAGGCCUGGCCUAUGCCACCGUGGCCUUCUUCUUGGCCGCCUUCUUGCUGGUGCUCGCGGCCUACGUGAACCUGGCACGGGCGCUCGCCCCGCCCUCCGGCCCUGGCUCAGCCCCAGUGGGCCCGCACAGGCGCGCGGCCAGAACCAUGGUGUUGGGGCUCCUGCUGGUCUUCGCCCUCUGCUUGGCACCCUACCACCUGUUGCUGGCGCCCUGGGUGGCCGGACAGCAGAGCGCCACGGGCGGCGACGGCGGCGGAUGUCGUGCGGGCUCUACGCUCGACAUCUUGCACACCCUCAGCCUGGCGCUGCUGAGCCUCAACAGCUGCCUGGACCCGCUCAUCUACUGCUUCUCAGUGCGCCGUUUCCGCCAGGACUGCUGGGCGCUGAGCUGCCGCCCGGGGAUCGGGGAACCCCGGGCACAUGGGUCCUCCUUGGCCUCCUCUUAG